UCGCAGACCACGACAUCGCUAAAGCUGGUUCUGCUGAAGAGCUCUAAAGGCAUACUUGAAUUUAUUACUUCAAGUUAGCGGUGUUUUCGUGUUAAGGGGUGUUUUCGUGUUAAGUAUGAAUGUAUAGUCACGUGGUCUAUGUAUGCUUCCGACGCGAACCUAGUAGUUGGUUUUCUACCACUGGGCUUUCUUUUUUGAAUGUCGUAUCCGCUACUACGGACAUCGCGUUCUCUGUGCUCAUCGUGUCUACGUUGGCGGCGUCACAGACUCUACUCGUCACAGGCAGCGUUAGCGACCUCGAUUGUUCCAACAAGCAACCUUCAGCAGACAGAAACACUAUCUGCUGGACCUAGUAAUGGGUUAACAAAGACAACGCCGCAAAAGCGGGCCCAAGCCCCUGGGGAAGCAAAGACAGGGCUGCUGGUUGAGAAUGAAACACCCUCACAGUCUCGAAAUCCGCUAGAGCCGACUCGCGUCGACCUUUACCUCGCCUCAAUACACGCUGCUGGCUUGGAACCAACCUUGGAUGACAUAGAGCGCUGCAGACCUAAGAGACACUCCUCACCGGAGUCUUUUAAAUAUGCGGAAGAGUACAAUAAUCUCUUGGACACACUCUGUCGGUCCUUCAGCAAGGACCAGCUACGGAAGUUUACAGAGUUGUAUAACCUCGACCCUAUAUGGACACGUAGCUCCAGACGGAAAGUGGAAUAUGCGGAAUCCAUUAUGGAGAAGCAGUGGAACUGGCCCUCCCUGAAGGAAAUCGAGAGAAGGCAGAGGGAUAAGACAGAGGUUGUCGUCAAGACAUUCUCUGUCAACCCCAGUCAACUCUUUCUCAUUCUUGGGAAAGAUGGUGCCGACUUACUACAGCUUUCCAUGCAGUAUAACGUCCACAUUUCACUGGCUUCUAAUCCACUUGCCUUGCGAGUGGAGGGAUUGAGAGGCAAAAUGAAACGACUCACGGAGCAUUUGAGUGAAUUGAAAAAGGGUAUCAUUGAUGAAAUCGUUGAGCUGCCUUCAAAACGACCUAUUCGUCAGGAUCUGGUCCAACGUAUAUCACGUCUUGCUGGUGCUUAUGUGGAGAAUCUUGGUCACAAGGGCAAGAUCAGGAUUUGUGCGAAAGACACAGAAAAAAUGGACGCUGCAAAACGGCUUGCUCUCCGUGCUUCAACGGAGACUCAAGGUGACAAUUCUUCACCCCUCCUUUGCUAUGUGCCAGCAAAGGCAAAGCUCGAGCAUUCCGUAGCGCCUUCCUUCAUGCCGCACACGUACUCUGUCUACCCUUUCCUCUCUCCUCGGUCAUUACCUUGGACGAUGGUGAAAGGUGGAUCUUUCCGGGUUCGCAGAGUUGCAGAUUGGCUCGGUGCUGCUGCCAUUGAAGACACAACGAAGACAGGUGGCUUGUCGGGAGGGCAAGGAAAAGUGGUAACAAAAACUGAGGAAACCACAGACCUUGAGGCACUUCUCCUGAGUGCUCCAAUGACCCAUGGUCACGAAAGGCUUGUCUCUGCCUCCUUUGGACACAUCAUCCUUGGGUCUGUAUCACCGACCGGACAUAGCGUCCUUAGUCCCCCAUUAAAGGGAAAUUGGACGUUAUCAAAAAUUCUCAAAUGGUUGCACACUUCAAAUACUCCACUUGCAUUCGUUCCCAGUCCCCCUGCUACAUUAUUGAAUUCACCACCUUCCAAUCAAAAAGUCAUUCAUCGCGUUUUGUAUCGCACGCUUCCAGAGUCACAGCUUGAGAAGAGUCUUCAUCAGCAACUAAUCAAACUAGAAUUGGAGUUCUCGAUGUCAGAUACGGCUGUCUCCAAAGCGGCAGGACUUGAGUACGGUGACUCAGAUCGCGGAUUGGCUGGUGACUUUACAUCGGAACUCGAUAUCAAUCAUAACCCUUCAUAUUCCCUGGAAUAUUGGCAGGGUUCAGAAGGACCUUCGACAUACGCAGAGCCGAAUCCUCCAGAGGUGGUUGUCGACGUUUCCGAAGCAACCUGCCUCGAAGGUGUUGAAUCCACGUUGGAUGUCAUGAUGCCUGAUCGUCCAAUGGAUGUCCAAUUCACUGUAUUUGAACAUACAAAUGUUUGUGCAGGUGACCAACCUCCGCUGCUUGUUGAUUAUGCGAAGCAGCUUCGCCAUUUCUUAACGUCUCAAGACCGUGAAGCGAUUCAACCACAGCCACCAGCUACACUCAACUUUCGCGGUCGAACCUACUUCCUUCAGACUAGUUUAAGUGUGCGCAAGGUUACCGAGACAACUCAGCUGUCAACGGGUGCUAGUGGAAACAUGGAGCAGUCUGUUUCUGCGCGAGUCAUAACAGAAAGCAUGUUGGACUUGGAGAGCAACCAGAAGUUUACAACUUGUCAGGUGACGCUUGAUGAUUCUGCAGGUCGUGAAGCUUGGACUCGAUUCCUCGCAUCGUGUGACCUUAUCAGCACCGUUUCAAUCCCUGCUCAGGGUCUGCUCCCAGUCCCUUAACUUACCACCUUUGUAUACACUAAACACAAUAAUCGAUGCUCUCAAGUCAUGGAUGAGAUGAAUGAGAUGGGCGUUGCAUGAAAUCGAUUGGGGUACAGUGGUAAACUGGUCACCCUCAUCUUCGCUUUUUGUUUGCCUUGUCUCUCCGUUUUUUGGCGCGUGUCUGAUUAACAGUAAGUUUCUGCAAGAUCGACGGAC